CUCCUCCUUAGAACUAGCUUGCUGGCAUAGACAAUUACCCCGUCGUAUACCGCGGGUAGCUUAUUCCCAUCCUGUACUCUCGAGAUCAACGAGCGAUGGCACUCCCACUCGUCCCCAUCGCACUCCUCGUCGUCGGGGCAGUCCUUCUCCUCAUCUAUGCUCAGCAAAAGGGGCUCCUUGGCCGCAAGCGUGGCGUGCCUGUGCUUGACCCCAAGGAAUGGAAGGAGUUCCCUCUGGUGGAGAAGAUCCCCGUCUCGCCUAACACCGCUCUGUAUCGGUUUGCCCUCCCGCAUGCGGACGAUAUUCUCGGCCUCCCCAUCGGGAACCAUAUUUCUAUCAGUGCAGAGAUCAACGGCAAAGUCGUGACGCGCGCCUACACCCCGACGAGCAGCGACGACGACCUGGGGCAUUUUGACCUGAUGAUCAAGACAUACGAGAUGGGCGCGAUAUCCAAGUGGAUCUCCCUGCUCAAACCUGGCCAGAAGGUGCGAAUCAAGGGUCCCCGCGGGCAGUUCAAGUACCACGCAUCUCUCUCCCGCGAGCUGGGUAUGAUCGCCGGUGGCACUGGUAUCACACCCAUGCUGCAGAUCAUCCGUGCAGCGCUCAAGACUCACCUGGACCUAACGAAACUCAGUCUUAUCUACGCUAAUGUCAACCACGAGGAUAUCCUCUUGAAGAAAGAGCUGGACGAGCUCGCCCAGGCCCAUAAGCACAGGUUCAAGGUCUACUAUGUCCUGAAUAACCCUCCCGAGGGAUGGACAGGAGGAGUGGGAUUCGUCAGCAAGCAGAUGAUCCAUGAACACCUGCCCCCAACAGAUCACAACAUCAAGAUCCUCAUGUGUGGCCCAGCGCCUAUGAUCGGAGCGAUGAAAAAGCACUUGCAUGAGCUCGGCUACCCAGCGCCGAACACGAUCAGCAAGCUCGCGGACCAGGUAUUCUGCUUCUAGAGUGAAGCGGAAGAAUGGGAGAAGGGCAGACUAGGCAGUACAUCUUUGGGAAUGAAAGUCUGUUCAUUCAUGUUCCUGGGAUAGAGGAUAGCGUGAGAGCGGCAGCCUAAUACCGGGACUCCGUGUAUCGAUCCCG